CAAGAGUAAAGUGUCUUUAAAAUUUGAAAUUGGAACAGUCCCCACCACGCGUAGGGAUUCGUUAAGGCGCUCGCGCAUGUUUUUUCAAAGUAAAAAAGAAAAUAAGGCUCGCGGGAAAGAGAGGCUUAGUUGCUUUUUAUAGUCGUUCCCCCGGUGCGCCGGCGCACGGAAGUAUCGGAGCUUCAGGAUCGAGCCUUAAUCUCAUUCUAAUAAAAAGCUCACGCAUAAAUUGACGCGCUAACAUUAGUUUUAAAUUAUAAUAGUUUUUUAUUUUUUAUUUGUGUAUUAUGAAAAAUCGUGUGUUAUUAACGGUUGUUGAAUAAUGCCGGACACGUGUCAUUUAUGGUUAUUUUUAUUGUCACAAUUAACAUUAAUUUUGUGAGGCGAAGUGUGAAGGGUUGUUUUUAUUGAGUUAUCAUUAGAACUUCAUCGUUCGCGCUGUGUGGCCGUGUUUCAUUUUAUUUAUUAUUACAAUAAUUUAAAAUGAAUUAAUUAUUUUUCAAAUUGUGUCGGACAGUGGUUUAUUAGUUUUGUUUUUUGGAGGUUUUUAUUUUUUUACCGUCAAGAUGUUUCUAAGAUUCGAGCCAACUAAGUCAACAAAAGGCGCUAGUAAGAUGCGCCGUGACCUGAUCAAUGCAGAGAUCUCCAACCUUCGAGAUCUUCUCCCAUUACCCCCAUCCACGAGGCAGAGGCUCUCCCAAUUACAACUCAUGGCACUCGUCUGCGUUUAUGUUAGGAAGAUGAAUUAUUUCCAGCAAGUGUUCAAAAGUCACGACUUCAGCUAUCAGUAUCAAGAACAACCGACUCCCACACCUAAUAUUGGAUUUUCUAAGGCAAUGAACGGUUUUAUGAUGAUGAUGACACAGAAUGGAAAAUUGUUGUAUAUAUCGGAAAAUGCGGCGGAGUAUUUGGGGCAUUCAAUGGAGGAUCUGUUAAUACAUGGAGAUAGUGUUUACGAUAUCAUAGACAGACAAGACCACCAAACAGUUCAAAUGGAACUCAACAGAGGCAACGGGGAGACUGAAAAUUUACCAAAGAAUAGACAUUUCUUCUGUAGAAUGAAUGUUUCGAGAAAUGCAAGAAGACAGAUGAGAUUUGGGGACCAAAAAGUAGUCCUUGUCCGCGGACACUACGUGUCGUACCUGCCGCUGUGCAGCCGCAACGAGCCGGUGUUCCUGGCGGUGUGCACGCCGCUCGCCAUGCCGGAGACGCGCGAGUGCGUCGUGCACGGCGCCACCAACGUCUUCACCACCGUGCACGCCAUGGACAUGAAGAUACUACAUAUUGAUGCCAACGGUGAAUGGUACUUGGGCUGGAAGAAAUCAGAGUUAGCAGAUGUAUCGUGGUACCAGCUCAUACACUGGGACAGUUUAAGGGAAGCACAGAGCAAACACAGAUUAGUAACACAAUCGGAACAAGACAAAUGUUGCAUAUUACUAGUGAAGUUGCAGCAACGCAGUGGACAGUUCCUCUGGGUGCAUAUGGUGUUACAAGUGAAGGAUGCAACGGAUACACCGCGACAGUUUAUUGUUGCAACCAAUCAGAUAUUAAGCGAAGAAGAAGCAACGAUAAUGCUGGCCAACUCUUGGCUUUACCAGUACUAUGGUUACCAGAACCAGCCCUGUGGAAUGCUAGACCCUCGCUGCCAAAAGUUCUUUAGACGAGACCAGUGUUACCAAGAGUACCAGGAGUAUCCUUACGUGGAGAACCAGGAGAUGGAGUACGCUGGAUACCAUGUGUCUUCCUAUGUGCAGCCAAAAGUUGAUGAUUUUAAUGGCUGUGAGCGAGUGUACUCGGAGAGGGGACCUGUUGAUUAUUCUACGCAUUCACCUCAGUCUACUAUUAGUGAAGAAAGAUCACCACACCACUAUGACCCGCCACCAGAUAUUAUAGUAAACAGUAAUAUGUACAUGUAUCCACAUCAUGGGAAGAGAGAGUAUUACGAACAGUAUCCUAGGGUCAACUACCACAUCCAGGAACCCUGCUCCAGUACUGUCAUUGAAGGUAUGGAGUACCCCAGUCCAAAGCGUAUGCGGUUAGCCCCACCCCCCUUAACCUUGGAAGAAACUGACGGCAUGGACAGAUGGAAUCCCAGUCCACCCUGGUCGGAUACUACGCUCAAAGUUCCCGACUACACCCAGCGAUUUACCUACAACCAUAUGGUACCAAUGCCUCCCGAAAGAGCUAUGGUCACUUAAUAUUAAAUAUCAAUAUUAAUUUAAGUAAAAUUAAUUUAAGUACAACAGUUUAAUAGGAAAUUUUAUAAGUGUUCAUUAAAUUCCAG